AUGUCGCGAUACAACGUCCUAUGGCGCAAACAGACGCAGCGGAAGAACAAGACGUGGGAUGGCGACGGCGUCCUGGCCGUGGUCAACGACGAGGGCAUUGUGCGCGACGACUCGGGCAACUUUCUCGCGAGAGUCAAAAACUGCUCAAAAGUGAUCCACAACGGGGUGUUUAGAGGCGGCAGCUACGAGUUUGAGCUCGACGGCGACGAGCCCGUGGACGAGCCAUCAGUGGCGGUGCCUGCGACCCGUGCGGUCUCGGCGCCGCUCCGGAAGGCACCGCCAAUGCGCAGCGUCGGCCUGCUCAAACGGCCCAGACUGGCUACCAAAAGCGUCUCGGAGCUCGUUUCGACCCCGGCACGAAUCUCCGCGCCGCCCCGGCGAAACGCACAGUCGUUGCACGACGCGACGGCGCCGGACGCUCUGGUGUUGCCGCGGCCGCCGAACGCGGACACCAGCGCCAUAAGAGACGUUGUGGUGGACCCUGUGCUCGCUGAAAAUUUACGGCCGCACCAGAAGGAAGGUGUCAGAUUUAUGUACGAGUGCGUGAUGGGAUUUCACGACUACGACGGGCACGGCGUGCUGCUGGCAGACAGCAUGGGGUUGGGGAAGACGCUGCAGACGAUCACGCUCGUGUGGACGCUGCUGAAACAGAGCCCCGUCGCGGGAGACGCGCCUGUGGCACGCAAAGUGCUGAUCUGCUGUCCGGUGACUCUUGUGGUGAACUGGAAGAAAGAGUUCCGCAAGUGGCUGGGCCCGAACCGCGUGAGCAUCCUGGCGCUGAACGGCUCCUCCAACAACGACAAGCAGAAUAUCCAGGGUUUUGCAAAUACCAACGUCUACCAAGUGAUGAUUAUCGGGUACGAAAAAAUGCUCACGGUGGCAGACGACGUGGGGUGCAUCAAGUUCGACCUGGUGGUGUGCGACGAGGGCCACCGGCUCAAGAGCGGCAACAACAAGGUGCUCAAGGUGCUGGAGUCGCUCGACAUCAAGCACCGGGUGCUUCUUUCGGGCACGCCGAUCCAGAAUGACCUGGCAGAGUUCUACAACGUGGCGAACUUUGUAAACCCUGGCGUGCUGGGCGACUUCAAGAGCUUCCAGCGCAGCUACAUGCGGCCGAUCUUGCGCGCUCGCGAGGCGAACUGCACGAACGCGGCGGUGCUGGAGCAGGGCGAGGCCGCCUCGCGCGAGCUCAUAGAGCUCACCAAGAAAUUCACGCUGCGGCGGACGAUCGAGGAGAUCACCAAAUUCCUGCCGCGCCGCUCCGACUACGUGCUGUUUGCGCCGCCCACAAAGCUCCAGAUCAGACUGUUUGAGUCGCUGCAGAAAACCGCACAGUUUAGUAAGAUUCUCCACGCUGCGCCGGCCAACGACUCGCUGCAGCUGAUCACGACGUUCCGCAAGAUUUGCAACUCGCCGGCGCUGCUGACCGAAGACGCCAUGUUCGCCGGGCUGUGUGGCAUCGACGACCUGCGCGCAGAGCUCAGCAGCAAAGUGCGCAGCGCGAAAAUCAUCCUUCUCGUGAAACUGCUCAAAGGUAUCUACAAACUCAAGCAGGAGAAAGUCGUUGUCGUGUCAAACUUCACGCAAACACUGGACGUGCUGGAGAAACUCAUGAACGUGCUGGAGCUGCCAUUCACGCGUCUCGACGGAGCAACACCAGCCAACGUACGUGACAAAAUUGUCUCUGACUUCAAUAAGGCCGCCUGGGAUACAAGUUUUGUGUUUCUUCUCAGUGCCAAGUCCGGUGGCAUGGGUUUGAACCUCGUUGGCGCGUCCAGACUGAUAUUAUUCGACAACGACUGGAACCCCGCUGUUGAUCUCCAGGCUAUGGCCAGAGUCCACCGUGACGGACAGACAAAACCGGUGCACGUGUAUAGGCUACUGACGGCCGGGUGCAUCGACGAAAAAAUCUUCCAGCGCCAGCUGAUCAAGACGAGUCUAAGCGACAAGUUCCUGGACGACUCGGCGGACUCGAACGAGAACUUCUUUGACACAACCGACCUCAAAGACCUGUUUACCGUGUCGCAAGUCAACUCGAACACACACAUGUUGCUGGACUGCCAAUGUUCUGGAGACGGAAAAGAGCUGGAAUACGCGGAGCCUGCCAAAAUCAAGCGCGAGCUCAGCUUUAUAUCUGCUCUUGAUUAUCAGGACCCAAAUAUAGACGGCGAGAAGAAAAAACAGCAGAUUAAACGGUGUCUGAUGGAUUACCGCCAUUACGACCCGGCCACCGGCGCACGCACGGGCGACCCGGUCAUCGAUAGCAUCAUGGACUCCCAGGAGCCCGACAAACCGGCAAUCUCGUACAUAUUCAUGAAAAAUUAA